AUUUAGGCCAAGCAAGUCAACCGCCACCAGGAAAUCCCACGAAAAUGGCUCAGAAACUGACUCUCAUUUGUUGUGCCCUUUUGGGUGUGGCAGCCUCUAGCUACAUUCCCAGCCAUGGAGGAUACGACCAUGGACAUGGACAUGGCGUGGGCUACAGCAUUCAGACCCAUCAUGAGGCGCCCAAGAAGUGGCACGACCAUCAGCAGUGGGCGGAGACCCCGAAGGUGCAGCAUUGGGAACAGCCCCAGCAGCAUUGGGCUCCCGUUGCCCACCACCAGGACUACUCCCAUCAUCACCAUGAGGAGCCCAAGCAUCAUCCCAAGUACGAGUUCGAUUACGGCGUGAAGGACACCAAGACCGGAGACAUCAAGCAGCAGUGGGAGACCCGCGAUGGCGACAAAGUCAAGGGAGGCUACACCAUGAAGGAGGCCGAUGGCCGCACCAGGAUCGUGGAAUACACCGCCGAUUCCCACAACGGAUUCCAGGCUGUGGUCAAGCACAUUGGACAUGGCGAGCACUACCAGCCCAAGCACUACGACCACGGACACGAUCACAGUUACGGACACGGACACGGACAUGCCACCAGCUAUGUGGAUGUUAAGCAGGAUACGGGUAGCAAGUGGCAGGACAAUGGCCACAAGUGGUGGUAAGACGACUCUGACUGAAAACUGACGGCAAUUGGACGAGGAUGGACAUAAAUUAAUGUAUUGUAUUGGUUGUAUUGUACAAAUAACGAAAUUUUAAACUAUAGUUUUAAAUAAAUAAAACGAAGCAAAAUG